AGUCUUCCGGCAUGGCACAAAGUGCACGAACUUAAAGGAAGCCGUCGUGCCAAGGAGUUCCAUCAAGGAACAGUCCUCGUUUGAAGUAUCCUAUAGCAUCAACUAGCUGUGAUGCUUCUAUGAUGGCAACAUUUGUUGAAAUCGACGCCUAUCCUUUAUGUGGCGUGUACUUACACAAUGAUCUGAUCCGUGCCUAAGCAAGGCGUGCCACGCUUACGCCGAUCGCCCAUGUCCGGGGAAGAUAUCGAUAGCACUUAUCGCCCACGAAGGCACCGAAACAUGCUCAGAAGAAAAUGUUAAUCAUAAAACCUCUCACAUUAGACUGACAACGAUUAAUCCCUCCCGAGAUGGGUUCCAUCCCAGAAACAAAAGCUGAGGACCCUUCCGACACCAACAUACCAAUUGUUGAUCUCCGACCAUUCUACUCAGACGGAACGUUCGAAGACCGCCGCAAAGCCGCCGAAGAAUUGGUAAGGGCAUGCAACGAAGUAGGCUUCGUAUACAUCAAGAACCACGGCGUUCCUCAAAGCGAACUCGACCAUGCAUUCGAAGCAUCAAAGACAUUCUACGCCCUUCCCACGGACGAGAAGAUGAAAGCGCCUCAUCCGCCCGGAUGGGCCGUCCACAGAGGCUACUCCUGGCCCGGUCUCGAGAAAGUAUCCAGUGCCAUCAGCGCAACGGACGACGAUGAGUCUGUGAGCAAGUUACGGGAAGUACGGGACUUCAAGGAAAGCUACGAAAUCGGCUCCGACCACAACCUAGACCAACCCAACGUGUGGCCUCCGGCCGAUGUCUAUCCCGAAUGGCGGCCCUUUAUGUCAUCCUUUUACUGGACAUGCUGGACCGCCGGACAGAACAUCCUCCGCGCCCUCGCGGUAGGUUUGGGCCUCGACGACGAAGAUCACCUACUCUCAUAUCACGAUGGGCAUCACAAUCAACUCCGUCUGCUGCAUUACCCGGCUAUACCCGCUGCUGCGGUCGAGGGCGGGAAAUUCGCAAGGAUGCCUGCACACACGGAUUGGAGUUCGAUCACGAUGUUGUUCCAGGAUGAUUGUGGUGGGUUGCAAGUUGAGCACCCGUCCCGACCUGGGGAAUUUGUCGAUGUGCCGCCUAUCGAAGGGACGUUGGUCAUGAAUGUGGGAGAUUUGCUUAUGAGGUGGAGUAAUGACUAUCUCAAGUCAACGUCGCAUCGCGUCCAGCUACCUCCAAGACAGGACCGGUUCACAGGCGACGAAAGGUUGACGAGACCGCGGUAUUCGAUUCCAUACUUCAUCACGACGGAUCCUGAUCGGGUAAUUGAGUGCCUUAAAGCCGAUGAGGAGCAUCCGGCAAAGUAUGAACCUAUCACGCAGAGGGAAUAUAGUGCCAUGAGGGCGAGGAUGCAGUAUUGAUGGUAGUUCAGCAUUAGAGUGUGAUGAGGCUAUACACUAUGGGCUAAGCUGACUCGC